UUUUAUGAGUUUAGAAAAAAAAAAAACCAAAAGAGGAGUUUCAACAAAUUAACUCUGGAUUAGAAGUUUUAUCAAGUCAGUAUAAACAUGAUCUACAGACCUUUAUGAACAGUUCCUGUGGAAAAAAGUCCCUGAAUCCAAGCAAUGUGAAAGUGGUUGAUUACACGUUGUCAAGAAUAAAUAACCAAAAAAUACAUAUAAUUUCCAAUAGUAGAGAUAAAUCAUACAGAAGUAUUGUGUCUAACAAAGAGUUAGAAAGAAAUGAUAAUUUAAAAUUAAAUGAGAGUACCAGCAGUGGGAAGAAACUAUACAGAUGUGUACUGUGUGGCAAACAAUUUGUAAGCAUUAAUGUCCUAGUAAAACACAAGAGGACACACACUGGAGAAAAACUCUGCACUUGUGUAGUUUGUGGUAAAAAGUUUGUGAAAAAUAGUCAUCUUAAAAUACAUCACAGGAUACACACUGGGGAAAAGCCAUUCAAAUGUGUAGUGUGUGGUAAAGAUUUUCGAAGUAAAGGUCAUCUUAAAACUCAUCACAGAAUACACACUGGAGAGAAACCAUACGGUUGUGUAGUGUGUGGUAAAAAAUUUGUAAGAAAUGGUCACCUCAUAACUCAUCAAAGAACACACACUGGUGAGAAACCAUACAGUUGUAUAAUUUGUGACAAAAAAUUUAAAAGUAAUGGUGAACUUAAAGCACAUCAGAGAGUACAUACUGGGGAGAAACCAUACAGUUGUGCAGAGUGUGGUAAAGUAUUUGCAAGAAAUGGACACCUCAUAACUCAUCAGAGGAGACACACUGGUGAGAAACCAUACAGUUGUAUAAUUUGUGACAAAAAAUUUAAAAGUAAUGGUGAACUUAAAUUACAUCAGAGGAUACACACUGGAGAGAAACCAUACAGUUGUAUAGAGUGUGGUAAAGAAUUUAGAAGAAAUAGUCAUCUUAAAGUACAUCAGAGGAUACAUACUGGAGAGAAACCAUACAAAUGUGUAGUGUGUGGUAAAGAAUUUGUAAGCAGUAGUCAGCUUAAAAGACAUCAGAGGACACACACUGGGAAGAAACUAUACAGUUGUGGAGCUUGUGACCAACAGUUUGGAAGAAAAAGUGACUUAAAAAAACAUGAAAAAAAUACACACUGAGAGAAACCAUACAGAUUCAUAGUUUGUGACAAAGAAUUUCUAUGUGGUUGUGACCUUAAAAUACAUAAGAAUGUCCACUUGGAAGAAAUUAUAAAUGUCUGAAACCAAGCAUGGUGACUUUGUUUUGUUUUUUGUUCAAGUUUAAUUGUAAUGUUUAGGAUCAGGUUGAUUGUGUGGCUAUAGGCUUAAGAUUGACGCCUUUCUUGGGCAUUCUUUGUUUUAAUGAAAAAAGAUGUUGGCAGACGGUCUUCGUACUAAAAUGUUUUACUAUCAAAGAUAAAUGAACAAAGAGAGCUUAGUCAGUCAUAAGGAGAGGCCACAUCUUAAGUUAGUGUAGUUUAUAAUUUUCUGUUUAAGUUAUAAAAUAUAAAGAGUAUAUUUUUUUAGUAAUAUUUUCAGGAAAGUAACCAAAGAAAACAGAUUUGUUACAGUAGAUAUAUAUUUCUGAUUUGUUUUGUGUAGCAGAAAAAUUGAAAGAAAUAAUCAGUUUAAAAUAUUCACUAUCAAUAUUUUCUUUAGUUUGUAACAAGUGGUUUCUGUUUAUCUUAUUUUAAUGAUAAACACAUCAGUCUGUUUAUGGAAACAGUAAUGUACAGGACUUUCAAAGUUGAUGUAAUCUCUGCUUUUUAUUCACCUGAAUUAGAUUUAUAAAAUUCUGUUCUAGUAGAAUGAGGAAGCUACUUUUAUCUGAUAAUAGUAAAUAUUAUUUUUAGGGCCUAUUUUUUAACAUACCAAGGUUCUAAUUGUAAAUAACAUGAAAUUUGUAUUGUCACUAGUUAAUUAUAUGAUAAUGUUUAUGUCUACAUAUAAAUCAUCAAAAGGCUAAGAAAAUACGAUUUUUAUAUUAAGCCUAAUAAACUUGUUUAUAGUUAGGUAUAUAUGUAACAUAUCUUCCUGGCCAUAUUAACUCUUGUUUCCCACCCUUUUGUUUUUAACUGUAAGAUUUAAGCUUAUUAUGUGUAUGUAUUUUUUGUACAAAUGUAAUUAUAUUAAGU